AUCAACAGUUCGAGGAAGCUGUUCAAAUUCACCGCUGAUUUAAAGCUAGGAUGAAUCCGCUUCUGUAAAAGUAAGUUAUAAGCGUGCAGAAGAAUUAAUACAAUCCCUUGGAAAGUUUACCCUAAACAGGGCUAUUCACUGCUAGCACAACGCUACAGCAACGCGUGGUAUCAAUUGUUGUGCUACGAUCAUGAUUGAAGAUUUUUUGAUCGCGAUGCCUGGAAAUCAACAAGCAAGUUUACGUUUAUUACCCACAAAAACAGAAACAGACCUCUCUGUAAUGUAGAUAAUGGUGUAAAUUGUUAAUGAGUAUUACGAUAACUAAAUAACGACUCCAAUAAUCCCUUGAUCAUGUUGUUUGCGGCCAUCGUAACACAAUCUCGUGUGGCACGGAUCAUGCCAAUUUCUGAUCCGUGUGCAAGCGAGCUUUACAUAUAGAAGUACUUGCGUUCAUGUAACUUGAGUUUAUAUAGAAUCUGUCUAAUACAGUCGUGAAUGAAGGUUUUCUCAAAUCGUGUCAUUGUACCGUACAUUCAAAAUCUGGGCAAACUUCUACUCCCGAUCCGUGACUUUUACAAAAUCAGACCAGACAAUAGCCUACUUCAAUUCAACUGAAAAUCCUGGAGAUCCAGAGGGAUCAGUUGUGAAGAAGUUCAGAAUAUAUAAUAACAUUAUUUCUGUGUGUUUUCCCCUUUUUUCUCUCUCUAACAAAUAAUUUUUCUCUUUACAUUUUCCGUUUCAUUUUGAUUUUGUUAAGAAAUGACGUGUGUCAACAGACUAGAACCAGCAGGCCAAUAUUCAUCUUUUUUUGCUGGCAAAAAAGAUGUGGCAACUUCAUCAGAAGAUCAAGAAUAUUUAAGGUGACUAUGUAAUAAACAGCAUAAUAAGCCUUGGUCAAAAGCAUUUUGACAUGAAUAUAAUUUUCACCUUCAACAUUUAAUUACCUUUAUAAAACUAGAAAAAAGGGGAGACCAGUCGUUUUGAUACGAGCUCAGGCAAUCAAAAUGUCACAAAAAUUUUGAUCAUUUCAGCUAUAGUGUGUGGAUGAACAAGAAUAACAUUGUAGGUGAAUAUCCUUCGUUCUUUAAGCCAAGUAUGUGAAACUAUUUACCACUCGCUUGAACAAGCUUGUAUUGAAACGACCUAGUGGUUGCUUACUGGAGGUGGUCACUUACAAGAAUCAUACUCACAAGGGUCUCUUCUGAGAAGAGGUUUGCACACAUCCUCACUUUGUGGAACAUAAUUUAUUGCAUGCAAUUUCUAAGUUAUGCCAUGUGUAGUUCCAUGUUGUUACUAAAGUUCUUCACAUAUUCUAAGUAGCAUAGUGCACAACGAACUUGGAGAUCAGAGAAUGCGUAAGGUGGUAGUUAACAAGAGGUUAAAAACAAUGGAAAAUCAAUUAACUGCCAGGCCUAAAAAGUGGUUGUGGUCGCUUACAGCAAAUGGUCAUUUACUAGAGGUUUCAAAUUUAAGGCUUUGUCUAGGAAAAGUUUGGUGUUUUGGAUAGGCGGUCGUUUAUGGGAAGUGGUCGUGUACAAGAGGUGGUCGCAAAUGGAGGGGAUCAAUGCAGGUGCAUGUCUUCCCUUGCUAGCAGAGCCUUUCUUUUACUUGCUCGAUUUUUGUAUACUCGAUAAAGACUAAUGCAGAAUAGAGUAAGAUCUUUUUCGAGCAUGCACGACAUGUUGCUAGGUAAUUAAUUUCGAACCCAGGCCUGUUAACUGUGUGCUCGAUUUAUCAAUAAACAGAUGCUCGCACUACAAAAACAGUUUUACGAGAGAGAACAAGAUUGAUUGGUCCAGAAGUUUGGGCUGCGUUGGCUUCAGAGGUGAUUCAGGCAGAGCCUACUUUUCUCUCCUCCUUGAUUAAGAAGAAGACAAAAAAAGGCUCUGUUUGCAGGGUGGUGCAAGUCGAGAACAUGAAGAAUUUGCAAGGUCACGUUCUAGCCCAAUCUAACCCCUGCCAUGUUUCAUAAAACAACAAAAAUUAAUUGAAUAUUUUGUUUUUUCAGAAUGCAAAGAAAUGGCAUCACUGUAGAACCGUUAAAUUUUCCAGCAACUCCAUCAGUACUUUGGUAAAUAUUACUGAUAAUGAACCAUAAAGAUGCAUUUAAAGUAACAUCUAAUCUUUGGGCACGUUGUCACUGCGGUAAGAAUUAAAACAAUAAUGCAAUAUAGAUGUAACGGGGCUCAAAAAAAGUCCUGUCCAGUAGUUUGGGAUGCACAAGUUGCUUAAUAGCCUUAGUGACUAUCCAUAAUAGAGGAGAGGAAACAGUUUGCAAAUCAAUAAAGCAUGUGACCUGUAUUAAUGCUUUUAUUAAUUUUUAUCAGGAACAGAACUGCCCAAGGGGAGUCUGAAACACUCCAUUUGACAGCAAAGAGGUUAGUGCUACAUGUACAUUAUUAAAUUGAUAGUCAGGUCUCAGGCACUUUGUGUACCUCUAUCAGUUUACAGUUUAAAUACUUUUUAACAUAAAAGACAACUUGUCUGGACCUAUUUGCUCAGCUGGUAAGUGAGUGUAAAAUAUGAAUAAGUACAAAAGUUACUUAUACAAAUCACCACUAACACCUCAUCAAAUUCAUUGGACUGUUAAGGUUGGCUUUCUCCAGUCGUAUUCAGAAGCGUAGAGCUAAUGGUAUAGUGAAAACAGCGUUUCGAUUCCACUAACGACUCUGUCCCUUAUGGUCCGUUUAUGAUGUAGUGACAGCCAGAUGGUCGUAGUCGGAAGCAGAAGCGGAAGAACUAAACCAAUCACAAAGCAUGGGAACGUGCAUUGUGAUUGGUUCAUCCUUCCGCUACUACUUCCUACACCAACAAUCUGGUUUUCACUAGAUCAUAAAGAACAUAAGUGACAGAGUCAUAAGUAGAGUCGGAAGAAAAAGAAAUGUUCUGAUUCUUCUGACUCCAAUUCCGUCGUGCUUAUGACUUUGCUUACAGCUCUGACUUCUGAUUUUCACCAGGUCAUAACCCUUUUACGACACCGACUCCAACUCCAUUGCUAGUGAAAACCAGCCUUUACUAUCACAUAUAUGCAUGAAUCUUAACCCAUUUGUGUGGCAUUCCAUUUUGCAUAUAAAUAAAUUAGCCCCAAAAUACAACAUGCAGAAUAUGCUGAAUGGCCAGAAAAUGUCAAUUAAAUCUGAAGUUUAUCGAUAAGGAAAUCCUAGCCAAUAAACUUUUCUGAUAGGUUAAUUGAUUUAUUUACACAGACUACUCAUGACCUCUCUAAUGCAUUGCUAGUGAACUUUUUGUUAAUUUUACUUCUGGCAAUUUUUCUAGGAAUGUGAGACUAUAUAUCAAUGAAAAAACUCUACGGCUGGCCCAAAGGCAUGUCAGUCAAACCAAGUCUUCCUUUGAGUGCUUUUUGGUUGGAAGCAUCUCUGUUGACUCAGGUGAGUAUUAACUAAAGAAAGUUUCUCAUACACUCAAUACUGAACCCUUGAUUCCUGAAUUGCUAAACUGGGAUAGUGUUGAGUGCAUGUUUGCUGUUCAUGUUUCAAGUGACUGACCUGUUUCUUGAGAAAACAACUUUUAAAGCUAUUUUAUAUACACUUCAUGGCAUCUGGGCAGAAGGUUUGUAAAGGUCCACGUUAUGCACACAUAUUGUCAUCAUUACUCGUACCCAGGCCUGCAAUAAAAAAAUGUGAAUCCAAUGGGCAAGCAUUUCUCACAGUGACAUUUUGCUUACCUGGGUCCACUUCUUGCUCCCCUUUACUACAAUUCGUUUUUAAUAAGAAUGACUUGCAUCUGCCUGGGCAUUGGACAAGCUAAGUUAGCUUUAAAAGUUACUUGCUCAGCAAGAAAAUCCAUUGAUAUUACAGGUACAUAUAUGAAUUUAUAAAUGUUGUGUUUAAAAGGCAAAUCAUUGCUCUUCAGGAGAAGACUGUGUUGAUGUUACUGUUGACAGAUUUGAUCCAGGAAGGGAAGUGCUGGUAAACAGUGGUAAGGCUUUUUGUUGUUGUUAUUUUGUUCAGUAUAAACUUACUGUUAAAAUUUAUGAUAACAGUUUAAGGUACAUUGUAACUUGCAUACACUGUGUCGCUUAACAACAUGGAAAUAAUAUGUAUGGGUAAAUGAAACAGUUUGUCACUGCAACACUGAUUUUCUGUAAUAAUAUUAAUGGUUAUUUUGAAAUGUUUUCACUUACUGAAGGUUUUGUUUAAUCUGUGAUAGCACCCUAUUCAUGUACAGUGUUCAUGUAUGUGACAUGCCUUAAAAGCUUCUCUUUGAAAUCAUUCUAGGUUCACGAAAAGUCAAGAGAAAAGUCCCAACAACAGUUGUCCCAGGAGAUCAUAUCGUACCCAUAUCUGUAAGUUAUAUUUUAUUUGUUAUUUUUGAAACUGAAUCACCACACUUCUAGUUCAUGGCAAACUUGAGUCACUAAUAGAUUUAAAAAGUGUACUUGAAAAAAUAGUAUAUCAAUUAACCCUUAAAACCCUAAUCUUGAGUGAUCAGCAUCAAAUCUCUCCUUGUAAUAGUAAUGCCAUGUAAAACAGAGUGGUCAUGAGAAUUAAGAACAUAUCAUACAAGAUGUACUUGCUUAAUAUUUUAUCAACUUCUCCCCACUACUUCUGUAGGAAAUGAAUAGGGGCAACAAAGGAUAGUUUUACAUAUAAUUUUGAUCUUAAGGUUUAAAGGGUUAACCCCGUUGCCCAUGUUGUUGCUUUAUAGUUCAUUCAAGGACUAAGUGGAGCAGACAAUGCGGUGAUGCACACAGAAGAUGAAUUUUACAAAGCCUUUCAGGUUCUUUUCGGAAGAAUAAGUAGCCAGGAACCUGUCAACUUAUCUCAUCUUGUGAGCCUGAAAGUGUCUUGUCAUUCACAUGGAAAUGAUGAUGAGAUCAUAAUCAAUGUGAACUGUAAGGACCCGUACUCAUUUUUUGUUUCUAAAUAUAAAGUUAAUCUCUGGCAGCACCAGCGUCUGCUGAAAACUACUGUCUGUAGUCAUCACUGAAGAACUGGUUACUCAUAGUUAAAACAAAAUUAAGGAGGCUAAUAAAUCUGUUGCUUUGUUCCUCAACAACAACAACCAAAAAAUAUUAGAGUAGAGCUAACAUAAAAAGCUGCAAGUUUGGAAGGGAAAAAUUCCCUUUUUCUAACCUUACACCCUGGAGUGCCUUUUGUUGUUGCCUACUUGAAUUGUUUUUCUUCUUCCUUAUAAAUUUUCUGGAGAGGAGAACUCCUGUGUACCUGGCCUAUUGUCCUUUACUGUACCCUACAGGUUUGCACCAAGACUAGCACAGUCUUGUUUUCCUUCUUGUGUUAAGACUUGUCUAUCUAUCUGUUUUGAUAAUUUUAAGGUGGCACCAUCACUAUGGCAACACAAAUUCAAGCCAUUCCGGUCGCACCUGUGCCCAUCAUUCCCACAGCGCUUGCUAGGAAUCUAUCAGGUCCCUUGAGACUAAGUGAGGUGCAGGGAAUGCCAAAAAAUGGGUGAGUAUAACUGUGAGUCCCUUGUUUUAUUUUCCACUUUUAUGUCAUUUUUAAAUGCAAAUUUGUGUUAAUGGUUAAGUGUUUUUCAACUUAACUACUAUCUCUGGAUUAUGUUGUAGAUACUUAACAAUGGAUCACACUCGGAAGUUGCUGUUGCUGUUAGAAUCAGAUCCAAAGGCUUUCUCUUUGCCUCUUCUUGGAAUGUAUGUAACACCCUGCCACAGUUUGUAGUUUAUACUUUUUUGCUGUAGCAUUGUAAAGUUUCAAUUUGAUGAAGUCUGCUACCACCACUACCAACUACUACCACCACCACCACCACCGCCGCCACCGCCACUGCUGCCGCCGCUGCCGCCACCACCACCACAACUACUACUACUACUACUACUACUACUACUACUAAUAAUAAUAAUGAUAAUAUUAAUAACAACAACAACAAUUUUAAUAUUAAUUUUGGGAAUUUGAGUGGAGAGAAAAGGGGUUCACGAGACAAAGGAUUUAUUUUGCACUUUCUACACUUUUAAUGGCGAUAAAAUGACAGACUGAAAAAAGUUUAUUCUGUUAACAAAAUGAUCACCACCAUAGUAAACUAAUUAAAAGCAAACUUGCUCAACUUUUCUUGUAUGAUUGUGGUGACUGAUUUUCUCAAUUGAUGUGAGAGUAGGGAGUGACAAUUUUUCCCUGCACUUGAAAUGAAAAAGUGAAAUUGAAACUGGCAAAAAGAUUAAAUAAGCAUAAUUAUUAUUCUAUGAGAUUUUUGGAUUGUUAUACAUUUCUGGGAAACAGCUACCCACCUACCUCUCCCCUAAGCCAACAUUUUGCCCUAAGUGAGCAGUAAGGGCAAAAUGUUGGCUUAGGGGAGGGGUAGGUGGGCAGUUCCCCAGAAAUGUGUAAUGAUCCAGAUUUUUUUUUGUCACAUACUUUCUCUUUAGUUGGGUGAGUGGAACUUACAGCAUUCAUCAUCCUUUUAUAUGGGCUUGCUGCCUGCGCUUCAUCUUUUCAACUGCCAUCCAGCAAAGGUAUGUACCAGAUGGUUCAAGGAGUUAGAUUUGCUUUAUGGAAAAAAAAAACACACACACACUUAAACAUGCUUAGACUUUGGACAUGGCUUACAUAACUUAAGCAAAACAAAGAGAGUCUCUUAUUCAUAGCACAGGCUCUUACAAAAUGAAUUAAAAUGUUUUGGUUAUUACUUAAUAACAUAAACCUAAAUGCAAGUGCAGUUUUAAAUCCCUUUUAACAUAAAUCCCUUUUAACAUGAUCAGUUUAAGAUCGUGGUAAACUCUUUAAUGUUAAGUUUAUCCCUUCCCCCUAACUUACUUUGAACAUCAAAUUCUCUCUUGAGGCUUUCGGAUGGGUGGGGUACGUGUCAGCAGUUUGCCAGAGUCUUAAUAAGCUUUCUUAUCAAUUAAAAUCCGUAACUAUUUUUUGACAUAAUUUUGCUUUCUCCCUGACCUUCCUGCGUGGUUAAUGAUGAAUGCUGCUCUGCUUUUUUUCUUUUACAGAGUGUUUGCUCCUCCUAAUUCAUUUUUGCUUCUCCUGUACUCUCCUGUAAAGCCAACACCUGAAUUCUGGGAGUGCUGCAUGGACUUGGUAACUAUCAUUGGGGAUAUUUCAUUUACCUCACAGAAUAGAUACAGUAUCUCUCAUUUCAACCACACUAUAAUACUUUUUGUGACGAAAAAUGUGUUGAAAAAGCUUCAUGACCACCAUCACUUUCAAAACAAUUUGGGUAACUAAUCAACUUCAUAUUGUAGGGCUCAUUAAAAACUUGAAUUCCAGCUUGUUCUUUACGCAAGCGAAUCUCACAUUUCGCUUGCCCAGGGCCACUUCUGGCUCAUCUUGUUAGCAAUAUAGUUUAUAGAGGAAGACUCGCCUGCACCCUGUCCACUGGGCAAGCAAGCUUUAAAAGUUACUUGCUCAGCAAUAAAAUCUACUAGUGCUGGACUACUAGACAGGACUUUUCUGAGCCCUGUUUGCACAUGUAUCUGUAUUUGCAAUCCCCAAGCCACACCACCCUUAGAAUAAUAAUAAUAAUAAUAAUAAUAAUAAUAAUAAUAAUAAUAAUAAUAAUAAUGGUUGAAUUUCCUUGAAUGACAGUAUUGUCCUAUGUUACAGGGGCAACCUGAACAGAAAAUGUUUGAGUUCUACAGCUGUUACGAAAACCUGCACUUGGAAAUUGUAAGUAACUGGACCAAAAUAAUUAUAGUGCACAUGUAUAAUGAUGAUGACAAUGAUAAUUUGUACUGGUUGAGGUCAAAGUAGCGGUUGUUUCUCAGUUGUUUCCUUUUAAUUUUGUAGGCAACAUUGCACCAAUCAUAAUUAAGAGAGCCCAAGACUGAUAUUAAUUUACAGUUAAAAAACAACCACAGCUUAUAGACCGAGACCUGGAGGAAAAAAAAGCACUAAUAUUGUUCAGUUUAAUCAUUGAUAAAGCUCAUUUGAAAUUUGCAGUAAAUAUAAAACUGUAACUUUUCAAAAAAAGACUACGUUAAAUACGAUAUGCAUCACUUUAAUAUUGUAGCCACCUGGUCCCAGUUCCUCUGAUCCACUUUGCUUUGAGCUGUUCCCUGCUCCUGAGGGAAUGGGAAGGAGUCUUUUUGAGCAAGCCAUGGAGAGGUGGGAAAUAGACAAUAAACCACUAAGGUAACCUGCCAUCAGCUUUUUCUUUACUUUGUGUCAGAUUUCCUUUGUAUAGUGUUUUAACAGAGAGGGUUAUGGGCACCUCUUGAUUCAACUUCAUAGAUGGCCUGGAGGGACAGUAUACAAACAGUAUACAGUAAUUUCUAAUUUUCUCCUUUCACAAGAAUUAAAAACCCUUAAUUCUGUAUCAUGCAACCCCCCCUUUCACUCCUUCAAGGAAAUAUUAAUAAUAAAUCUUUUGUUCAUCUCAUAUGUCAUGCUCUCUCUUGUUAUCAAGUUGAAUUUAUAUUUUUAUAUAAAGAGUCAACUCACUGAUUACAGACACCCUCAGCACUGCAAGAUAGCAACCUUAAUAGUGAGAGUCUGUUGUAUUGGGAUAUAAUUUCAGUCAAACAAUCAUAAUUUAUCUUUGCUGAGGUUUAAGAUGCUUUCUGGCAAAACUUGAUUGUCGCUGCUGUAUUCAAAGAAGCCUAAUAUUGGAAUAUUAUAUUUAUUAGUUUCAGUCACUGCAAUAUCUGUAAGUACUCAAACUCUGAUUUCUUCUGGGGAAAAAAUGUAACUGACAGGAAAAGAAAUUGUCUUAUCUCAGAUUAUAUCAAGGUGGAAUUUCCUCAUUUCAAAAGCAAGUAAUGACUUCAUCAGCACAGGGUCCGGGUGAAGAGGAACCAAGUCCCGAACCUAGGCCCUCUCCAUCUCCCCAUCCACAAAACUUACAGGUAAGGCUAGGGAUCGAGACGACUUUAUGUGGCAGAAGCAUUUUUAAGCUGAUGACCGAACCUUGGUCAAUAACGCAUAUAUCCUGGUUUUGCAGUGUGCUUAGGGAGGUUACAAUCCGACUAUGGCGAAAUCCACGACAAUGUCCUUGAAAAAUAAACUUCAUAUCCUUUGACACAUUUUGGCAAUUAUCCCAAUUCGCCUUGUUACUUAAAAGAAGGGAAUUUGUAUUGGAGGUGAAGAGGGGGAACCACACCCAAGUUCAAAUAGAGAUGGUAGAAUUUAUCGCCUUGCUGUUCCCGUUCGCAAGUAAACUUAAAAUUUGGCCAUUUCACGUCCCGUUUGUGAACAGAACAGCAAAGAAAUUCACAAAAGGGCAUAAUGAGCCGCAGAGUUAUUGUUUUGCUCAUUAAAUCUAUUGCUGUAUUGACACUGACUCAUAUUGCCGUCACCGUCGUUGCUUCAUAUGGUCCCUUAUCUCACACUGGGCACAACAAACAUCAGGAUUGAAUUUAUUAAUUCAUGAUUUCUUCCAUGUUCACAGUUUCUCAUACCAGAUGUACCAGAAACGUCCUUGUCCCUCAGCUUUGAAGAACACAUUCCAGGAGAGUUUUCAGAGCAGGGAUAUGUAAAUCAACAGAUUUUUCCACAGCCAAAUCCAAAGAAACUACAAACAAAGCCUGAUAAACAGUCUCUGAAACGAGUCCAACAUAAUCAAGAAAAUAAUUUAGUAAGAAAUCAAGGGAAAAGGUCGCCAGGUUUUCCAAAGGAAAAGCAAAAUGGUAAGCAGUUUAGGGCUAAUGGUGGUUGGCAGGAUUCACCAUCGAGGGAACCCUUGAAACAAAUUUUAGCUCCGAAUCAUGCUAAUAACAAUGUUAUGGACCAACAACAGGUCUCCAAGAGGCCUCUUCCAAUGCAAGGCUCUUCUGGUGUUCAGAAAGCUCCUUUAAAAAGAGGGAAUGCUCUUGGUCGUGAUGUGAAAGGGAGAUCACCAAAAUCUUUCACAAGUGACAGUAAUUCGAGAUCGAAAGUGAAUGGAAAACAGCUAUCAGCAAAGGGACCCAAUGCUUUGCAUCAUACCGAUGUUAGAAACAACCAGCAAACAAAUGGACGUAAAUUUCAGACAAUGCGAAGUAAUCCUCAGAGUCACGAAGGUAGGGAUGACAAAGUAAUUUCCGAUUUUUCAAGUGAACAAGUUGUUCCUCCAAACCAACCAGCAGGAAAUACUAGGCAAAGACAUGUUGAUCAGCGGCAAUUUUUUGGACAUUCAGAUGGCCAAGAGUUACAUCAUAACAGCUGCCCUCUACCAGUCAACCAAGUGCAAAGACCUGUAUUGGAAACAGUUUUUGAAGGUGAUACACCAGAUGGAACACUGAACAAAAGUAUGAAUGAAACAGAAUUAGAAUUUCAGCUCGGUGAAACAAUGCAAGCUCAAGAAGCUUUGCAACAAGCUCAGAGGGUCGCAAGUGAUGUAGGCAGAGAUGCUGACAAAAAUGGAAACCCUGGUUUAAUUUUCGAUCAAGAUGGAAAACAAAAUGUUGUUUUUCAGUGUAUGGAGCAACAAAGAAAAGAGGGAUCUGUUUCAAGGCGAGGGAAUCUUGAAAACAUGGAGGAUAGGAUAAACCAGCCUAUAAUCUGUAGACAAGACAGUCAUGAGGAGAUGCCAGGCUGCAGUACUGUUUCUGCUUCUGACAGCAGAAUGGAUCAGGCCCAUAGUGAAACAACACAGGAAUUUAAAGUUACGGAUAGACACACUUUUGACAGAGAACAUGAGGAAAAACUGCCAGAAAAAAAGGAGACAGCGGAUGUUGUGACAAGACAGGCAAACCAGAAGUGCUCAGGAAAAAUGACACGGCCAGAUCCUUAUGAGCUUCUCAUGAGACAGGAUGCGCAAUUGAGGCAACUACAAGAGCAGGUAAUGUUUGUAGUAAGUAAAUCGCUUCUGCAUGAAUUUGAAUGACGGUAACAUAUACAUGUACAUAAAGUGCAAAUUUGAAACUGGUAAGGCCAGGUAAUAAGGCAUCACUUUAAUGAUAAUGGUGAUGAUGAUGAUGAUGAUGAUGAUCAUUUACAUGGUCAUUUGAAGUUCUUGCACCAUGUGCACUUUUUAAGUUAUUGUAAGCAGAAUAUCAUUUGCCUAUGAGGAGCCCUGUAGCAUGCAUGCCAGACUGCAUGGUAUCUUAAUGUUCACAGCAUGGGCUUCCAACCUCCGAGCUUUUGGCCUGAAGGGCUCCUUCAUAUUCUUUCUAGGAAAGAGCCUUUGACCUUCUCAACAUUCCCUUUACAUUGCAGAUCAAGCUGUUACUACAACAACAAAAUUCACAACUCCCCCAUGCUAACCCCUUGCUGACCCCUCCAAGAACUCCUCACAAUGAAUGUUCCCAUGGUAACAGUAAGCCCACAGAUAACUCCCCUGUUUCCAUGGUGACAGUAUGCACAAACACAGGUGCAAGUCUGUUGAUAGGAACUCCAGUAAAGCCAAAUGGAAAGAGAUCAGCUGCUACGUCACCCAUGAAAGAAAAGGAUAUGAAUAACAGCAGGUUUGGGCAUAAAUUUUUAAUUGAAUGACCAGGAAGGCUGCCUACUUUUCGAUGUUUUAAAUUUUCCUGCAGACGAUGUGAAUGUUUUUUAAACAAUCAGCUUGUAACGUUUCAAUUUUUACCUCUGUAGCCUGUGCAAACAGCUGACAUUCCGCGACGCCACCACUGGUUUCCGCGCGAAAUGUCGUCUGAGGAACGAGCCAGAAAAUUCGAUACUGAUGACGUGUCACUAUCCAGAUCUAGGUGGUGCUUCUGAUUGGUUGAAGCAAAUUUUCCGCGCGGCACGACCAAUCAGAAGCACUACUCAGAUUUGGGUAGUGGCACGUCAUCAGUGUGGAAUUUCUGCGCUCGUUCUUCAGACGUUAUUCUUCGGCGAAACCAGUGACAGUGUCGCAAAUUUUGGUUGUUUUCUGAGGCUAGUACUAGUACCUCUGAAAUGUUUGUACUGUCAAUAAGGAUCACAUGUUCCAUGGACACUGAAAAGUUCUUUCUGUAGCCGGAAUAUAAACCCCUCACUUGGACACAACGCUACUGGCGCACUCAAGUUUUGCACCUUCUUUCAAGAUUUCUUGGGAAUUUUGUCCACGUUGCACUGGUAGAAAAAUAGAUAUUUUACCUAAGAAAUGUGUAAAUGCUUGAAGUUUGUGGAAACUCUAAGAAAAAAUUCAUGCCAAAGCCCAAAGAGUGCAUGACGUUUGUUUAAUGUGCCAGAUUAAUAUUUAAUUGAUGAAUAAGGAGGCGUGUUGACUGAAAGUUUGGGUCAUUAUUUCUAUGUGUAGAUCUUUGCCAUCGUCAAGUAAAGAAACAAGCCAAUACAAUCAGAAAGAAUCCGAAUGUCAUGACAUAACGGUCAGUCCUGAGGAAUUAGCCAAUCAAGUGAUAGAACUUGACGACCCUAGUCAGACGCUGGCUUCAUCCCUUCAUGCAGUUGAUAUUCCCAGUUUUGUUGAAAGCCCUUCUGGUGUGACCAGUCCUAGUUCCGCUGAUCGGGCUAAACAAGGACGUAUGGAAACGAGUUUAUCCAGUCCUGUGUUAGGUAAGCUGUUAUGAUAGCAAAAAUAAUUAUGAAGAACUGGCCUGAAUACAUGAGCAGAAAUCCAAAGGGGUUAAUUUUGUUGUCGUUGUUGUUGUUAUUUUUUGUAUUAUUUUUGUUUUUGCAACACUUUGAUGAGUAACACUUAGUAUACACAAAAGUGAAAGUAAAAUGCAUGCUGUGAUUCGUGCUGCGUGGUGCAACUGAAAAGAGAAAGAAUGUGACCCUUACCUUUGUCUUGCUAUUCUCGAUCUCACCAAGGGUCGCAUGUCGCGCGAAUUUCCGCGCGGUCUCGCGUGUUUUGCCCAUGGUACUUAAGUCUCAAUAUUCUCGAUUUCACCUCGGGUGGCAUGUCGAAUUUCCGUGUGGUCGCGUGUCUUACCAAUGGUAUUCUUCACUAGGAAAAACGUUGUGACCUUAACAUUUUGAGUUGUCAUACAUUUCUCAGGCGAAAGUGCAAGUGUUCUUGUAGAGAAAAGGCAGGAUGGAAGCGAACCACACGCCAUAAAUGACGAAGCGAAUGAACGUGCUGUCGAGGAGGAAGAAAGCAGACGAUUGAAGUCAAACCAUGCUAGCCUGCUAGAGAGAAAUGAGCGUCAAUUUUAUGACAAUCUAUUGGUGAGUAGAAAUGGUAGGGCGUCUUGUUUCAUCAUUUGUCAUCAGUUUUGCCGAUCUCUGCACCUUUCUAUCUUGCAACCCAGAGGGUUAGAAUGACUGGUGCAUUUUGCUUGUUCGGGCUUUCCACCGAAAAGCUACAUUUAAAAGCCUGUAUAGUUAAAGUGUGCUACAAGAAAACGUGUAACGGCAACGACGUUUGGAUGCUAUGAGCUGCAGAAUAGAGUACUAAAGUGUGACGUCAUAAAAAUGAAAUUUCUGAAAUUAUGGGAUUUGUCAGGAUAUUCUGAAAGAACAAUGUCCAAGAGGCCUGCUUGCCAAAAAUGAGCAUUUGGGGGCAAAUUGUCUCUGAGAUCGUAGCCCAGUUAUACUUACAAAACUCCAUACAAACCCUUCUAAAUUUUUUUUGGGUCGACCCAAAAAACAAUUAGAAGGGUUUGUAUGGAGUUUUCUGAGUAUAACUGGGCUACGAUCUCAGAGACAAUUUGCCCCCAAAUGCUUAUUUUUGGCAAGCAGGCCUCUUGGACAUUGUUCUUUCAGAAGACCCUGACAAAUCCCAUAAUUGCAGAAAUUUCAUUUUUAUGACGUCACACUUUAGUACUCUAUUGGUUUAAAGGAGUGCAUCCCCCAACCAACCACCCAACCUUCACUGGAAUUCCAUAAUCCUCCCUCGUUGUUCCCUACCCUGUGAUUAGAGACCUUUAGAUUAGACGACGAGGGCGAGAUUAAAUGGAAAGCUUCAUUGUACUUUUUCGCGAGAAAAGUUAGCACGGUUAUUUCUUUAUUGAAGGUGGUUAAGCCCUCUCUCGAUCGCAAAGUGAUAAAAUUUCUACCAAAGAUGACUGGUUUUCGCCACUACGAGAUUAGAGGGAUUUAGAUUUUAGGACGAAUACGAUAAGGAGUUUACUUUUCUUCACCAAUAAUGUUAGUACGGCUUUUUAUACUGAAGGAGAUUAAGCCCUCUCCCGAUCGCAAAAUGAUAAAACUUCUUACAUUUGAUAAUUUGUUCCGGCCACUACGACAUUCUCGCUAAAACUCCUGCGUCGUCCCCAGUCGCUCGCGAUCACUGGGGGAAAUUUGAGUUUCUCGCUUGUUUCGCGUGCUCGCGAGUUCCCCAAUUCCCUCUUAGACUUGGGAAAGCCGGUGGAGGGGGCAGCUAAAACUCGUAGUGGAAUGACGAAGGCUAUCAUAUUUUCCGGCCAAAAUGAAGCUGGUUCACGUGCGAGCAAUACUUACUAUUGAGAAAAUCUCGUACUCGUAGUCGUCCCCGUCUUAGGUUCUAAAGAUCUCUAUUUAUAAGGGAACACAGAGUAGGUAAAGAAAAGUCAUCAGUAUCCAUGUACGAAUGAUACUCAUCCUGGCGUGUUAUUUUCAGAAUCAAGUUAAGACCAUCCUUGAUCAACAAGCCGAAGAUGAAUCUCAUUCACACAAGGAAUCCGAGAAAUCUGUUGAGAAGGAACGAGUUACUGUGCACGAGCCAACACGCGAAGAAGUAGUCGCGGCAACGAUGAAAGAAUUACAGAAGAUCCAAACUUCUUAUGGUGAAACUGGAGAUAUGGACAACGCAGAACCUUCAAAGUAAGAGAAAAUUUACUUAAAGUUUAGUAUGUUGAGGAGUUGUAGGGGCGGAUCUGGGGGGAGGAUGUAGGGAGUGCCCACCUCGCCCCCCACGAGAUGACCUUUUGCGGCUUUCGCAAAAUAUGCAGAUAUGUAUGAUAUUUAUUCUCAGUAGUUCACAUUAUGUUAUUGCCUUGUCAACAGCCUUCUUCUUCGUAUUCGCUUUUAAAAUUUGUUUACGUCAUCAGUCAGUUACGCCAUUCCUUAGUGGUGCACUCCUCCUAAGAAAAAUCGUGGAUCCGCCCCUGAGUUGCAUUAGUUCAUUUUGUAAUAGAUAGAGCGUUCUCGCCUGUCGUCACGAGCUCCAUAUUAGGGACCUUACGAAACUACGACGGUAACGGCAACGGGAACGUCGAAAACUCAGUAGGUUUAUUUGAGCAAAACAACAACUCUGCACGUGCAUCACGCUUUUUUGUACAUUUCUUAGCCGUCCUUGCACAGCUGCAACGUGAACUGACCAAAUUUUUAGUUGACUUGAGAACGGGAACGGCAAGGCGAUGAAUUUUAAUCUCUCUCUGAACUCGGACGCGGUCCCCUCUGUUCAGUUCCAACCUAAUUUCCUUUCUUUCAAGUAACUGGGUGACUUGGUAAAAGGAAGAAAAAGUUUCAAAGGAUGCGAAGUCUAUUUUUCAGCAACGUUUUCACUGGCGUCGCCGUUGCCGGAUCGUAAGGUCCCUAUUUUGCAAGGAAUUAAUCCAAGAUUAGACAGCCACGAUUCGCGGUACCCUAGCAAACACAAGGCACGGACUGCUUGCUAAUCAAUUCCGAGUUGGUGAUGAUUAGUUUCGACAAGUCCGAAUCUUAACCGACUGAGAAAAUCUUGAGUUCUGAUUGGGUCCGAUAGUAUUUCUUUGUUACUUACAAACCUACAUUCGGAAAACUCGCAACGCGUCGGCACAUUUGGCAAAAAGCAAUCCACUCAACGUCAGAGUCAUCCGAAAGAUACAAACAAAUUAACAAUCUUUUUUUAUCUUCAGGCUUCCGUACACUUCAACCACUAGACAAUGGCCGCUGCACAAAUCAGUGUCACUGAGUGCAAUACCAGACCAUCCUCACAUCAAUUACGUGUCGUUCUCCGUUGACGAGACACUUGACGAGGUCUUCAGCGAGACCUACCUAAAAUAUCUCACUGACACUCAACUACAAGAGCUUCAACACAUGAGCGGCCACCACAAGAAGCACAGCCGCGACAGAGCAGUAACAUUUAGUGUUCUAGAAGAAGCCAGGAGUACUUCGCUAAGGAAAGGAUCGGUUGAUCUAAGUUCUCUGUCAGCCACGGAUUACACUUGGAAUAACUUGUCCAUGGCUACCAGAGAUUAUUUGGGGAAAUAUUGUUUAGGUCCAACACAACCUGGCGAUAGUGUCGAAAGUAGUAAAGGGACUGCAGAAAAGAAAGUGACAGAAGUGAGUAAUAGGAGUGAAAGAUCCCAUUCCUCUGUGACGUCACAGGGGUGUACAGCCCCGCCCUGUACUCCGGAGCCCACCAAUAAGGAUGAGAAUGACUCACAGAUCUUAGACAUAAUGAGACUCAAGAAGCUGCCAAAAUUGUUUUGACAAACGUGUUCUGCAACAGCGUGUAGAUGACGGACACUUCUACCAUGCGUCGUUGUAGUUUACCAGGUUCUUUCUCAUACAGGGGUUCGUAUACACGACAUACAACACUGGGGAUUAUUUCUUUAUUUUCUCUGUGACAUUCUAUCAAUC